AAAAAUAAACAGUAAUCUGACUAAUAGUAAAAAAAGUUUUCCGACCUUAUUAUUCAUUUCACUAGCCUAGCUGUCAGCCUUUUGCUCCCCCCUUUCCACCUUUCUUCUUCCCACCCGCACGCGCGGGAGUUUUCUCUCUCCUCCCGCAUAACUAUUUACAUUAUUUUUCCUUUCUUUUUUAAGUACUAUCCUCUGUUCAUAUAUACGAACAGAAGAUAGCACUACUUAUCAUCACAUAUUCAUUCAUUUCUCCUCGUUGCUAUACCCCAAUUCCCUCUCGCUAUAAUUAUCUAGACGUCUUCAUAAACACUUGUUAAUAAAAUAACCCGUGAUCGUACCUUAACCUUGAAGGGUGCGAGCAAGGGUGUUGUUCUUAAGGUACGAUAAGGUGUUAAUAGUGUGUUACACUUAUUUUUAAUUUUCAACUCUUUGAUCAUAUAUUCAUAUCACAUGGUGGUGUUUUUUUUCUCUCACUAAUUGCGCCUAAGCCUUUGCAGCUUUUGACAUUCUCUUAGCAGACAACUGCUCCAAUUCCUUCUUUCACAUGCUCUCUUUGUCACUCCUAAAUUUGAGUAUUUAGCAUGAGAAUCUCUCGUCCUAAAUUCAUCAUACUUCACUACAAUUGCUAAAAUUCUAACAAUAACAUCGUCGUUGUUGUCGUUGUCGUUUUCGUAACAACAUUGUUAUUGUGUGUUACUAAAAUGUCUAAGUUUGAAAUUACCACGAUUCCUUUUCAUACUACCCAUAAAAGAAGGGCUAAGAACCCUUCAUUUUCCUCCAUCCUACUCGACGCCAUUUAUAGAUCAAUCGAUGAAGACGACGACCUCCCCCACUACCCCCGUACCACCCCUUCCUCCCCUACUAGAAGCAUUACCAAACAAAGUGAUUGCAACACUAUACAAUUAUCAUCGUCCAAACAGCGAAGAACUAAAAUGAGAAGCGAUAGUACCUUAGAGACGGUCGAUCUUCGCCGUGCCAUCAUGAUCGAGUCGUGGAUGGAGCGGCAACCACCACAACAACCCCCGCAACAACCACCGCAACGAAAGCAUUUUCAUCUCGGUGAUGUACUCGAUCAAAAAAUCAGGAUUGUUCGUCAGAAAUCUGUCCCGAGUUUACCUAGGGCAUCAGAUAAUUCUUCCACGACUGAUUUUUCAUCGUCUUCUUCGUCGUGUUUUACGAAUCUCACUCCCCGAUCAACAACCUCGCGCGAUCAAUCGUCUUCGCGAAUCUUCACGAAGACGAAAUCUCGCGCGCUGAAGAUCUACGGGGAUUUGAAGCGGUCGAAACAGCAGAACACUGCUCCGAUUUCUCCUGGUAGAAGAAUCGCCGCGUUUCUGAACUCGAUUUUCAGAAACUCUAGCGGAUCUCCGGCGAGAAGUUCGCCGGAGAUCAAAUCACCGCCACCGACGGCGGCAAUUACGGCGGCGAUGGACUCAACAUGUUCGUCGGCGUCGUCAUUUUCAAGAUCAUGCUUGAGCAAUAAAACGACGUCGUCUACAAAAUCAUCCAAACGAUCAGUGAGAUUUUAUCCAGUGAGUGUAAUACUAGACGAAGAUUCCAGACCUUGCGGUCAUAAAUCGUUACAAAAGAAUGAAGUUCAAGAGUCGAAGAAGCUCGCAUCGCCGCCGAAUGAACACGCAUUCGGCGGGGAAAGCGAGGAGAAGGAGAGGAGACGGAGGAGAGAGAAAGAAAUUGAUGCGUUAAUGAUGAUGAUCAAGACAAAUUGCGGGAACAUUCAACAGCGUCAUGUUUCGAAUUUAAAAGAUGAUUUCGACGACGACGAAAUGGAGGAGGAUGAUGAUGAAGAUGAUGGUGGUGGAAGUUGUGCGAGUUCAGAUCUUUUUGAGUUGGAAAAUUUGAGCUCAAUUGGUGUAAGUCGGUACUAUGAGGAGUUGCCGGUGUAUGGUACUACUAGUUUGAAGAACAUAACGGCUUAAUUAUUUUCUUAAUUAUGUUGUUUUUUCUUUUUUUUUUUUUUUGUUUGGUUUAAUAUUAGGAUGUGAAUGUAAUUAUAUGGUGCUUGGAAGUUGAUUAAUCUAUUAACUUUGGUUUUAAGUUUA